AUGAGCUCAGUCACCCAGCUGCCAAGCCAACACAAGGAUAGUCAGGUCAGCGGGACCAUGUACAACACUGGAAGACAUGUGUCCCUGCGCCUGGACAAAGAGCACUUGGUCAAUAUAUCAGGAGGGCCCAUGACAUAUAGCCACCGGCUGGAGGAGAUCCGGCUACACUUUGGGAGUGAGGAUAGCCAAGGGUCGGAGCACCUCCUCAAUGGACAAGCCUUCUCUGGGGAGGUGCAGCUCAUCCACUAUAACCAUGAGUUAUAUACAAAUGUCACAGAAGCUGCAAAGAGCCCGAAUGGAUUGGUGGUAGUUUCUAUAUUUAUUAAAGUUUCUGACUCAUCCAACCCAUUUCUUAAUCGAAUGCUGAACAGAGAUACUAUCACAAGAAUAACAUAUAAAAAUGAUGCAUAUUUACUACAGGGACUUAAUAUAGAGGAACUAUAUCCAGAGACCUCUAGUUUCAUUACUUAUGAUGGGUCUAUGACUAUCCCACCCUGCUAUGAGACAGCAAGCUGGAUAAUAAUGAACAAACCUGUCUAUAUAACCAGGAUGCAGAUGCAUUCCUUACGCCUGCUCAGCCAGAAUCAACCAUCUCAGAUCUUUCUGAGCAUGAGUGACAACUUCAGGCCCGUCCAGCCUCUCAACAACCGCUGCAUCCGCACCAACAUCAACUUCAGUUUUCAAGGGAAGGACUGUCCAAAUAACCGGGCCCAGAAGCUUCAGUAUAGAGUAAAUGAAUGGCUCCUCAAGUAGGGAACUAAGCCAAGAAGAAUCCCACCUCAGUGAAAUGCUACAACUGUGAAUUGACGUAACCUAAACUGUCCCCCUUCUUUCUUCUCUCUCCUUCCCUCCCUCAAGCCUCAUUCACUCUUUGGAUUGGCCCUUUCUUCAUGAAAAAUGUCUGAAAAACCUUGGCAGAGGAACACAUCUCUUACACACACUCACAAACACACACUACAAGCACUCACACAUACAUACACACACAUGCCAACACGUCUACACUCACGCAGCCUUCAAGAUGGGAAAUCAAGUUUCAGAAACAAAAGGCUCAUUCAUAAGAAGUCUUAAAAGACAAUAACCAGUUAGCCUGAUUACAAUUUUGAUACUCUCUUCCUGAACAAAUAAAUCCACCCACUGAGACUGUUCAGCCUUUGUACAUACAAAAUUCUUCCAAAAGAGAGCGAGGUGAAAACACAGUUCUGACAGCACCAAGAGGACUCUGUUCUUUGCAUCAAGUAAUCUCGGAUAGUGUCCUAAGAUCCUUUGAGGGUGCUGGUGACGAGUGAAGCUGAACAAAGUUGGACAAGGACACUAAUUUCUAGAUCAUGAUUCUUCUGUUUACUCAACAAUUUAAAAAGAAAACAAGGACAGACAUCAAAGAGAUACACAUUGUAUAUAUAUAUCACCACAGACUAUUAAAAAAAGGAAUCAUUGCCCUUCUUUGUCACAUAUCUGUAGUAGGAUUUGCCAAGAUCAGAUUGAUCCAUUUGCUGUUUCUUGUUUUCCAAAGGUCAUACAUUGUGUUUGAUUAUUGUUAACAGCUCAAUAAAUGUGUUUAACGAGUUAAUUUCAUUUUUCUGGCUUUGGUCUGUUCUCCUUCCUUAUAGGCUAAGCCCUGGCUCCAUGCAACUACAUUCUUUGCUUUCACUUGUUCCUUGAUCUACAUGUUUUGUUCAUUUGCAGCCAGUUUUUACUGAGUUUGUGGUAAUUGGGAAUGCAUUUGCUAAGCAAGCUUAAUUUUAAUUCCACUCCAUGGCUUGAUCAUUCAUACAAGGUGAGCUUCAGCCUGAGAUAGCAGGCGACAGAUUUCUUGCGUUUCAAAACUGCCACUACCCACGCCACCCCUGCCCCCACCAUGAUGUUCCCUUGAAGGAAUGCACUUUGCCUUGUAAAUUCCUGGGAAAGGGGUGUCUUUUCUCUCCAGGUGCAGCUGGAUCUCACAAAGUAUAAAUGAAUGCCUUUCUUUUCUUGUUUAUAAUGGUCACUCACUGUGUUUGGUUACUGUCAAGAAAUCAAUAAAUGUGUUUAACAAGUUA